CGCAGCAUGGCAAGGGUUAAUCCUGCUCUCUGUUCUUCGUGGUGCAUUGUGGGAAUCUAGUCGAUUCACAAUGGCGGCGAAACCAAGUCUGUUUAAACUUUUAUAUCUAAGUUGGAUACACGUAACAGUUAUUUCACUAAAUACCUUCAUUAACGCUACCGACUUGACUUGGGACGAAAAUGGAUACAUUCUUUACUGUCCCUGCAUGGGUCGUUUUGGAAACCAGGCAGAUCAUCUUCUUGGCUCUUUGGCUUUUGCCAAAAUGCUGAACCGGACUUUAGCGGUUCCGCCGUGGAUCGUUUACCGACAUCACGCGCCUCCGUAUGCUAACGUGCAUGUUCCGUACAGUGAAUAUUUCCAGCUAGAGCCUCUGAAGCAGUACCACCGUGUGGUGAGUCUGGAAUAUUUCAUGGACCAUCUGGCUCCUACACACUGGCCACCAGGCCAGAGAGUUGCUUAUUGCUUCGAGUCGGCCAUCCAGCGGAGUUCAGAUAAGAAGAGCUGCCCUAUGAAGGACGGAAAUCCAUUUGGUCCAUUCUGGGACCACCUUGGUGUUGAAUUUGAUCAUUCUGUCCCAUUUGUUGGCCUGUAUUUCAGCUCCUACUACAUUCCACAUUGGAGUAAAAGAUUUCCCCCGGCGGAGCACCCGGUGCUGGCUCUUCCUGGAGCUCCAGCCCAGUUUCCUGUGUUGGAGGAGCAUGUGGGCCUGCAGCGCUAUGUUGUGUGGGCUGAUACGUUGGUGCAGGAUGGAGAGAAGCACAUCGACACACUGCUUCUCAGACCUUAUGUAGGGAUUCACCUCCGCAUUGGAUCAGACUGGCAAAAUGCCUGCAAGUUGCUGGAGUCAGGUGAAGCCGGUCCCCACUUUAUGGCCUCGCCGCAGUGUGUUGGUUAUGACAGGCAGACAGCAGUACAGCUCACCAUGGCCAUGUGUCUGCCUGAUCUGAAAGAAAUCCUGCGAGCUGUCGAGCUCUGGGUGAAAAAGACCAAAGCUCGGUCUGUCUACAUUGCCACUGACUCGGAGUCUCACAGCUCUGAUAUCGAGAAACUCUUCAAAGGAAAGGUGAAGGUGGUCAGUGUUCAUCCAGAUGUAGCUCAACUUGACCUGUACAUCUUGGGCAAAGCUGACCAUUUUAUAGGCAACUGUGUCUCAUCGUUCUCAGCCUUCGUUAAGCGGGAAAGAGAUAUCCAUGGCAGGCCCUCUUCCUUCUUUGGCAUGGACUACCCCAUCAAAAAAGAAAAAAAAGAUGAACUUUAGAAGCACUGAAGUGUUUAGAACUGUGAAAGUUUCUAUUCUUUAGUAAUCUCAGGUGAAUAAUUUACAGAAGAGUUUGGGGGAUUUUUGGUGUAGUUUAGAAGGCACAAAAACAGAUAGAACAUUCCAUGCUUGAAUAUACCUGUAUUGAAAAACAGUAUAUGUAUAUAGUAUUCAUGGGAUACUGCAUUUCAUGCUAAUGUAAUCCUGUUAAUGUAGCUGUUUAGAUGCUGAAACAAUGCAUGUACAUUGUGUCCACAUAAACAGUAACAUACAAUAGGAUAAAGAACACUAUGAACUAGAAGAUAGCUGACAUUUGGUGUGUAAUAGUUUCAUCUUAUUGGAAAGUGACCCCCCCCACUGGGGCAGUAAAUGAUCCUCUGGAUGCUAAUUAUAGUGGGAGUGAGGAGUCUAAAUUAGUCAGAUGGUUUGUACUUAAUAACAAGCCUGCACCCUACAAGAAAGGGAUACAAGGGUUUGGUACUUUAAAAGUGAUUAUAUACAUACUAGUUUUUAUUUUUAUAAAGCUGUUCGGGAAAUAAACUACUUUUUAUUUGAA